CCAAACUCCGUACCAACGAGUUCUGGAAGCUCUUCUUCCCUGCUUUCAUGCCGUCGCCCUGUAGCUUUAGCUAUAAUAAUAUCAGGCAUAUCCACGCCGUUUUUAUAGAAAUGUAGCUAGAUUGAAUACACGUGAAAAACUUCUAAUUUCCGAAACGUUCCUAUUAAUACGGAGACCAUUUGCGAAUAACAUUAACAGCAAAGCUCCACAAGUUCAAAUACAAAGCUAGAUAGAGAGCUCAGAAAGUUAUCCAAGACUGGGAUGUAUGAUGCUUCUUGAAAAGCUGGACGGUUGACUUUCUUGAACAAUGAAUCAAGGGGCAACGUGUUAUCCAGCGUCUUAGUUGAAUUUACAGCAUUCCCACUGAUGUUUUAUGUGCAAGAAGUACCUACACCCAAGAUGACUGAGAAUAGUUUGUGACGCAAGUCCUCCCGUGUCACCAUAUUUGGCACCACCACCACAAGUCCUAUCCGGCCACUGAGGACACCAACACACUCCCACUGCAUCCGAUGCGAGCCAUGGAAGAUGACAGCCCCACGCUGAAGCCCAGGAGGAUCCAGAACCAGAACGUGGUCCACCGCCUGGAGAGGAGGCGGGUGAGCUCCGGCCGGGCCGGCGCUCACUGGUACCGCGUGCGCUGCUUCCACCAGAACCUGUUCCCCAACUUCACGGUGGUCAACGUGGAGAAGCCCCCGUGCUUCCUGAGGAAGUUCUCUCCCGACGGACGCUGCUUCAUCGCCUUCUCCUCCGACCAGACGUCGCUGGAGAUCUAUGAGUACCAGGGCUGCCAGGCGGCCCAGGACCUGCUCCGGGGCCAGGAGGGGGAGACCCUCUCCACGGCCAACGACCAGCGCUCCCUCAACAUCCGGGGGCGGCUCUUCGAGCGCUUCUUCUCCCUGCUGCACGUCACCAACGUGGCGUCCAACGGGGAGCACCUGAACCGCGAGUGCAGCCUGUUCACCGACGACUGCCGCUACGUCAUCGUGGGCUCGGCCACCUACGUCCCGGAGGACCCUCCCCCGUACUUCUUUGAGGUGUACCGCAACAACGAGUCGGUGACGCCCAACCCGCGCUCGCCCCUGGAGGACUACUCCCUGCACGUCAUCGACCUGCACACGGGGCGCCUGUGUGACACGCGCUCCUUCAAGUGUGACAAGAUCAUCCUGUCGCACAAUCAGGGCCUCUACCUCUACAGGAACAUCCUGGCUGUGCUCUCCGUGCAGCAGCAGACCAUCCACGUCUUCCAGGUGACGGCCGAGGGGACCUUCCUGGACGUGAGGACCAUCGGACGCUUCUGCUACGAGGACGACCUGUUGACGCUGUCGGCCGUCUCCAUGGAGACGCAGGCGGAGGGGCAGCCGGGCUUCCCCCGCCUCUACACCGACAAGACCAUCAACUCUCUGAAGCACCGCCUGCUGGUGUACCUGUGGCGGCGGGCCGAGCAGGACGGAAGCGCCAUGGCCAAGAGGAGGUUCUUCCAGUUCUUUGACCAGCUGCGGAGGUUGCGCAUGUGGAAGAUGCAGCUGCUGGAUGAGCACCACCUCUUCAUCAAAUACACCAGCGAAGACGUGGUCACGCUUCGAGUCACCGACCCCUCACAGCCGUCGUUCUUCGUGGUGUACAACAUGGUGUCCACCGAGGUGCUGGCCGUCUUCGAGAACACCUCGGACCAGCUGCUGGAGCUGUUUGAGAACUUCUGCGACCUGUUCCGCAACGCCACGCUCCACAGCCAGGCCGUGCAGUUCCCCUGCUCGGCCUCCUCCAACAACUACGCCCGACAGGUCCAGAGAAGGUUCAAGGACACCAUAGUGAACGCCAAGUACGGCGGGCACACGGAGGCGGUGCGGCGGCUGCUGGGCCAGCUGCCCAUCAGCGCUCAGUCGUACAGCAGCAGCCCCUACCUGGACCUGUCGCUCUUCAGCUACGACGACAAGUGGGUCUCGGUGAUGGAGAGGCCCAAGACCUGCGGGGACCACCCCAUCAGGUUCUAUGCGCGGGACUCGGGCCUGCUGAAGUUCAAGAUCCAGGCUGGUCUCCUGGGUCGGCCCGUCAACCACGCCGUGCGGCGCCUGGUGGCCUUCACCUUCCACCCCUUUGAACCCUUCGCCAUCUCGGUGCAGCGCACCAACACGGAAUACGUGGUCAACUUCCACAUGAGGCAUGUCUGUGUGUGAGGCUGAGCGAGAGGUGUGUGUGUGUGUGUGUGUGCGCGCGUGUGUGUCUGUGUCUGUGCCUGUGUGUGUGUGUGUGAGAUUGUGUGUGAGACAUGCGCUCACACCUGUGGCACCGCGCUGGCGAUGACUACACCUUCAAUCAGCCCCUCGGUGGGGGGCAUCAUUGUACGGCGGCCCCCUCCAUCCCGCCAGAACAGCGGCCGCCUCUCCAUCAGCCCCCCCGCACAGCGCAGAGCUCCGCGGGGAGGGAAGCCCCUGAUGAGAGGCUGGGGUAAAUUCCCAUCCAAGACAUUUGCAGGGAUUUUAAAUGACAUUUUAAGUCUUUUUUUUCUAUAUAUUUCUUUAUGUAAAUAUUUUAUCGCAAUAAAGUGAUCGAUCUUAUAUUAUCUAA